CGGAUGAUCGAUAACACGCGGAGGAUGCAUGCGGGUACGCGGCUGUUCUCGACGCCCUGCCAAGAAUGAAGAGGUGAAAAAGAUCGCUUGGGAAGACACGCUUGAAAGAUGAGGAUAAUAUAAAUCGAUGUCAACGACGGCAAUUUUGUUAUUUCAUUUCACACGAGAGUCGAAUCCGGACUUUUAAAUAUGCCACACCAAUUUGGACUGCCAACGAUGGCACACGGUAUGCAAUCCCCGCCCUCGCCGACCUCAGUCAUGUCCGUUUAUCCUCGAUUCGGCUCCGGCAUCUACAGGGCCGAUCACCAGGACCAGCGACUUACCCGGGAGGCGAUGGAACGUUAUCUACGCGACCGCAGCGACAUGGUGAUUGUAAUCCUACAUGCCAAGGUUGCGCAAAAAUCAUAUGGCAAUGAGAAACGUUUCUUCUGCCCGCCACCCUGUAUCUAUCUGUUCGGUGAUGGUUGGAGGAUGCGUCAGGAACAAAUGUUGCGCGAAGGCGAGAGUGAGCAGAGCGCUCAGCUGUGCGCUUUCAUCGGCAUUGGUAAUUCGGAUCAGGACAUGCAACAACUGGAUUUGAACAACGGCAAACAGUAUUGCGCGGCAAAGACUCUUUACAUCUCUGAUUCGGACAAGCGCAAGCACUUUAUGCUCUCUGUCAAAAUGUUUUAUGGUAGUGGCCACGACAUCGGCGUGUUUCACAGCAAGCGUAUCAAAGUCAUCUCGAAGCCAUCGAAGAAGAAACAGUCUUUGAAGAACGCAGACUUGUGCAUCGCCAGUGGCACGAAAGUGGCGCUCUUCAAUCGACUGCGAUCGCAGACUGUUAGUACGCGCUACCUUCACGUGGAGAAUGGCAAUUUUCACGCGAGUUCGACGCAAUGGGGUGCGUUCACCAUUCAUCUCUUGGACGAUAACGAGAGCGAAUCGGAGGAGUUUCAAGUACGCGACGGUUAUGUCCACUAUGGCAGCACCGUGAAACUGGUAUGCUCCGUCACAGGAAUGGCUCUGCCGCGACUGGUGAUUCGGAAAGUAGACAAACAAAUGGCCAGUCUGGAGGCGGAUGAUCCUGUAUCGCAAUUGCACAAAUGUGCCUUUUAUAUGAAGGACACGGAUCAUAUGUAUCUGUGCCUCUCGCAGGAGCGUAUAAUACAAUUUCAGGCUACGCCUUGCCCAAAGGAAGCGAACAAGGAGAUGAUCAACGAUGGCGCCUGCUGGACCAUCAUCAGCACCGACAAGGCAGAAUACCAAUUCUUCGAGGGUAUGGGUCCGGUACGAUCACCGGUGACACCGGUACCACUGGUCCACAGUCUGCAUCUCAACGGUGGCGGCGAUGUCGCGAUGCUCGAGCUAACGGGCGACAAUUUCACGCCAAACCUGCAAGUCUGGUUUGGCGACGUCGAGGCCGAGACUAUGUACAGAUGCCAAGAGAGCAUGCUUUGCGUCGUACCGGACAUCUCGCUGUUUCGUGGCGAGUGGCUCUGGGUACGUCAGCCGACGCAAGUGCCGGUCUCUCUUGUACGCAACGAUGGCAUCAUUUACGCGACUGGUCUAACUUUUACCUAUACGCCUGAGCCAGGACCGCGUCCGCACUGUCCGCCCGCCGACGAGAUUAUGCGGGCGCCACGUGCCAUGCACAAUCAAGCCAGUAUACCACCUGCCGCGAUGCCCGCCGACGUGCCCUGGAACACUCAUGGACAACCACCGCAAUCGGGUCUCUGAUGUCUCCUAGACAAUCGUCUUAACGCGAACCAAAGUUUACGAUAUAUUAAUGAUACGGACGAUGUAACACGACCUACUGCCGUGUCUCACGACGACGACGACGACGACGGCGACGACGACGACGACGGCGACGACGGCGACGACGACGACG